AUGUUUUGCAAAGGAUACUUCAUCUUCUUUGUUGUUGCACUUUUUGUUAUCUCAGGACAGUUCAGGUUGCCCCAGGACAUCCACCCUUGUGACACCCUGGGAAAAAGCUUACAAACAUGUUUGUCCCAGAAAAAAAGUGAUUUUCCUGAUGUCUUUCAAUUGUCCAACACUAUCAUCGACGACAUCAACCCACUCAACUACCGUCUAACUACUGACAACUUUAUCACACUUACCCUUCCUACUGGCCAACUUCUGUAUGCACUUGACCCCGCCACUGGCACUUCUUUGUGGUGGCCCUGCAUGUACAUCCCUCAGUUCCAAUUUUAUUGCAUCGCUAUGGAACGUCCAGCAAUCCUGUUGACCUUGAGCCCUGACUGCAUGAAUCUGCUUUAUGGAUACACUUCACAGGAGAACAUUCAAGCAUGGUUCACCAACUUCCAGACCAUGGGAAGACAAGCUGUACAAUGGAUUUGUUGGAACUGGGAAACACCUACUCAGAAUAGCUCGAGACUAGAAUUUCCCAACCAUCAUCUUAUCAAGGGAUUUGAUGUGCACACCAAUUUCAAUUCUUAUACUCUUCCUUCAACCUGUACCUGUAACUCUUUGACCAGUGAUUUGUCUAGCAAGGUUGGAAGCCUUAUGACCGACAAGGACAUUAUUAUGGAAGACGUGCAUUACGGAGCCUCAUCCCACAUCCAGUACACUCAGCCUAUGCAAGAUGCUACUCCAAUUAUGAUGUCUUCAGCAAGGAGACUUUGGUCAACAAGGGGGGGGUUGAGUGCAAAAAGAAUGAAGUUGUGUUACACUUCCCUUGGUAUGGACUAA